AUGAAUCCUGAACAGCCGCGCAGAGCGGCGACUGUGCCUCUGCCUGUUCCUCAAAGUCAUCAGAAUCCGCCGCCAGCUCCGCCUCUACCCCCACAACAACGAGCCCGCAAUGCCCUGAACAGGUUCCUCGGAUUUCCUGCCAGAGCUGCUGAUGCAGACGGCGAUGGACGCGACGGCAGUGGCUCGGGAUUGAAGGAUGUUCAAAGACUUCCAAGCUUGUCCGCGUACAAUGCCAGCGCUAGCCACAAGACAGGACUAGAAAUCAACUCAUUGUCUAUCAACGACGAGGGAAGUCAUGCUAUUCUUGCUGGACGAGAUAUUCUCAAGACUAUUCGGGUUGACGAGGGAAGUUGUACAGAAGACAUCAACAUCCGAGCCGCCAUUCGAAAUUACAACGCCCACACCUCUGGGAGGUCAAAGGACAACAUCAACGUAUCUGACGUUGCUUGGGGAAAGGGCAGCUUUGGCAACUACAUUGCCGCUGCGAACGCCAACGGGCCUAUCACGUUAUAUGACCUCAACCAUCCGGGUAUCGAAGUUGCGCAACUGAAAGAGCACCGUCGGCAAAUCCACAGGGUGACGUUUAAUCCUCAUGCUGGUCAACACUUCCUUUCCGCUAGUCAGGAUGGUACCGUUCGACUUUGGGAUCUUCGCGAUGUCAGGAGAGAUGCCAACACAUUUCCAAGCAGAUUUACCACCAGCGGGCAGAACGAGGGAGUUCGAGAUGUCAAGUGGUCUCCAACUGAUAUCUUUGAGCUAGCCAUGUGUACGGAUGGUGGCUUUGUUCAGAGAUGGGAUACUCGCAAGCUCAAAAGCCCUUUGACGCGUAUCGCGGCUCAUACUGGUCCUUGUGCAACAAUUGACUGGCAUCCUGAUGGUAAACACCUACUCAGCGCCAGUUCAGACAAGACAGUCAAAGUCUGGAACAUCUCCGCUGAAGGUAGAAGACACAAGGCUGUCUACGAGAUCAAGACGCCACAUCCCUUGCGUCAUGCUAGAUGGAGACCACCUUGUCAGUCAUCAUGGCCAUCAGGUCGGGCUACAAGACAAUGUACUCAGAUUGUCACAUCAUACGAGCGUGAUCAUCCUAUCGUGCAUAUCUGGGACUUUCGAAGACCUUGGUUGCCCUUUCGAGAGAUGGAAGGCUACCAGACUGCGCCGACAGAUCUUCUGUGGCAUUCUCAAGACUUACUAUGGACAGUCAAUAGAGAAGGCAUGUUUCUUCAGCAUGAUAUCAAGUAUGCUCGGAAAGUUAUGGACAAACGCAACAUGCAGGCUUUCGCUAUCUCCCCGCUUGGAGAGUUCAGUUUGGUAACUCAGAAACGAGCGACUCGUCUUAGACCAGGACUCAAUCGCGACGAUAGCGAAGCGUUCAUUCGUCAACGGCGAUCUGGCCUCUCACCUUCUGAGAUAGCUGGACAGGGUAACACUUCUAGUCGAGGAUCGCAUGACGAUACCAUAGACGACACUUUUCUGAGCAGCUCUUAUGGCAAGCGCCAUACAAGAUCUCCUAGUGCGAGAAUUGGUAAAUCACAUAACGAAUCACCGCCAGCAUAUGAUGUGGGACCUACUCGGACAGUUAGCCUCGAAGACGUGUUGAAGGCGGGUCGAGCAUAUAAGCCAGGUCAAAGUGCUGCUCGUGGACGUCUUCCUGGAAGUCCAAACUUGUUGCUUCUUCAGUACUUCGCAAAGCAUUAUAGAACACGAGUUCUCCCCGAACCACCUUCGGUCGAUGCUUUCCUGAAAGUGCAUGAGACAUUUGAGCACAACGCCAAUCACGUUCAGAAGGCAUCAAUGUAUCGCUUGGCUCAGUCGUGGAGGAUCAUGGGUCGAGCGGUCAUGACAGAGCUGCUAGGUAGAGCGAAUCAUCACCGUGCAUUGAGAGCAAAGAACGACUCCGGCCCUCGCAAAAGCUUGUUAGACGAGUCUCCGUUUGCCAGAAGGACAAGGAGGUGGCUCGGUUCAACAGAGCGCAGAUUAAGCUCAAAGCCCGGAACACCAUUGAGUCGGCCACUGAGGACGAUGGAAUCUCUCUCGACUGUUCAGCCCGACAGUACUUCCAACGUUCCUACACCAAUUGCACGACCUGUGAAAGACCGACACGAGUCUGAACGAGCUCCGCUCAAGGAGAUCGACACGGACGAAAGCCUCACACUACCGCCUUCGCUUUUGACUCCCUCUGAGAUUCAAGAAAAUAUCGAGGGACAGAACCGAGCUACAUUACAGGUAGUGGACCACCGAGGUAUUGAACAUCGUAAUUCAUGGUAUGGCUCCGUUCAGAACUAUCAGGAGAAACGAGAGGCGAUCAGCAACUGGAGACAACCUCUCAAAGAACCGCUUAAUCUCGAGGAUGGGCCUAGCGAACGUCCUAAACCCACGAGAUAUAAUUCAGAUGAGAGUUUCGGUAUGUUCCCGUCUUUGUCUUCUCGAGAUGCUUCAGGACCAGCUUCUUCCGUGGCUAGUAGGUCGGACCUUAUGGAAGCCGUCCAGGAGAACCUUCGGUCAGAAGGCUCAUAUGGUUCGAUGCAUCUGGGGAGUAGCUCGUCAUCUGAGCCCAUUCCAAGUCGAAGCUAUCAGACUAGACAGGGCAUUCCAGAAGAUCAGAGUCAAGACAGUGUUCUUGUGUCUUCCUCGGAAAGUGAACAAGAAGGCCUUGCUAUACUUCCUGCGCCCACAGAGAACAAAGAUGCCCCAGCAAGAGACAUACCUCGGGAUAUGCAGACUUUGGCCUUGAACAAUCAGCAGAGUUUCACGUCAGAGAAUGACAACUUUGCCGAUCGACGAAAGCUUUCCGAUGAUCUUGAGAACAUGGAGGCCAGUGGCACCAUUAUCCCACACCGACACUCUAGGCAGCUCGGGCGAUCGAAAGAAAAUGCCUCUGUAGACUCGACAAAAACGCCGUUCAUUACAGCAGACUUCCUAGCGUCUGACUACAACAUCGAUGCUGAGAAGGACAAACCAUUCCGCGUGAUCAACAUGCUCAACCAUCUGCUCGACUACCAUACUGUCAAGGUGCCUGAUGCGCAAGCAGCGACCAACUUCAUCUUCAUGUUGACGCCCCUGCUUCCCGAGACACAUGCACUGCCACAACCGAGUAUUGACGCCACCAUCACUGUGUACAGCGAGUAUUUUACAGCCAUGGGAUACAGCGACAUGGAAAUAUACAGCUUGUUCUCGACAUCGUUUGAACAUCUCAUCAAGGCUGGGCUGCAGCCUCUACAAGCAGAGAGCAUUAUCAGUACCUACCAUAGCCAGCUGCAACAUCUCGGACUAUUCAGUCAUGCUGCGUAUUUGCGUCGCGUCAGCUACCCCAUGUAUCCAUCAGUCUACGAGGGUGGCUUGAAAGACACCCAAGUGAGCUUCAUGUGUGGUAGCUGCAGAAAACCCAUCAACACUCCUAACAAGAUGCGCUGCGAAAAUUGCACGCAGCGACAAGACCCAUGUCCAAUCUGCUGGUGCGACACAAGUCCCUUCGAAGGUCCUGCCAAGAUUAAGACUCGAGCAGGAGGCAACAGAAGCUCUGUCGUCGAGCCCUUCAUUCAUCCAGCCAGAACCGGAAAUGAUAGCGACGACGAGACAGCCAACAUCGAAGCCGUAGAGGUACAGAAGAACACCUUGUACUCUGCCUGCUUGCUCUGCAACCACUCAGCUCAUGCAGCUUGUCUGCGGACGUGGCACUCGCCGCCUCCAUCCCACAUCGAUGUUUCUCCAACAGAUGUGUCGACUUCUGGAGGCGCUUGUCCCACACCUGGCUGCCUUUGCGCAUGUACACCAGGUGCUCGACGGAACGAGAUGAUGGACACUGUUGAGCGGAAGGAGCGAGAGAAGAGUGUACGCGACGACGAUUGGGUUGUGGCCGAGUCGAGGGCUGCGCAGACGGCUGCUACGUUGGCCGGUGGUAGGAAGAGGAGCGGAUUGAGUACUACGAUGCCGGUUGAGGAGGUUGGCAGCGGCAGACGGGAGAGAAGGAGCGUAGGAUUCAAAACGGGCUAG